AUGUCAUUCGAUCUAACGGCACCGUUUCAAGCCGGAUUUAGCACUCGUGAUCAGAUUGAACACCGCCAUAAAGUUCAUCCUGUACAAAUAAUUGCUCCACUUUCAUCUCAACCUAAUCGCUACAAAUUUCUGGAAAAUUCACUUACUUCUGUGCUUGGACAUUCAUCCAUUGCUAAUAAGAAGGUAGUAAUCGUUAGUGUAGCAGGUGUAUUUCGAAAAGGAAAAAGUUUUCUACUCAAUAUAUUCCUCGAUUAUUUGUAUAGCUUACAAAAAUCACAACAAAAUGAUACAACUUUGGAAUGGCUUCUGGAUGAUUCACACUUAGGUGGCUUUCAUUGGAGAACCGGGAUGAAGCGUGACACAGCAGGAAUAUGGAUUUGGGGUGAACCGAUAAUGAUUGAAGCAGCAAACGGUGAAACAUAUGCUGUUUUAUUGAUGGAUACACAGGGUACAGUAGACAAUGCUGCAUUACCGUAUCAAAUGUCUAGUACUAUAUUUGCGCUAUCAACAUUGUUCAGUUCAAUACAAGUUUAUAACAUUGUUGAAACGAUACUUGAAGAUUCACUUGCAAAUUUAUCAGUAUUUGUUGAAUAUGGACGACUAGUACUAGAUGAAGCUACCAAGUUUAAACCACCUUUUCAGACAAUCGUUUUUGUUGUCCGAGAUUAUAAAUCAUCCGAAGAAUGCUCGUAUGGUUUUGAAGGUGGUAUGGAAUACCUCAAAACAAUGCUCCAAACAUCAUCAUCAUCUUAUCAGUCCAAUGAAUUGAGAGCUGUUCGAAAAGAAAUUCAGAAUUGUUUUGAACAAAUGCUAUGUUUUUUAUUACCACAUCCUGGUCAUCGAGUUGCAGAUCAUCAAUCCUUUAAAGGACUUGUAAAAGAUAUAAAGCCGUUAUUUAAAGAGGAAGUGAAAAAAAUGACCGCACAUCUUUUGAAUCCACAAGCAUUGCAACCGAAAAUCGUAAACGGAAAAACGGUUACGUGCAGGAAAAUCACGGACGUGUUCAGGGAAUUUGCUAAAACAUUCGACAGUUGCAUGAUACCGGAACCACAGAUGAUUUUAGAUACAAAUGCUCAGUUGAUAUAUUUGGAAGCAGCAAAUGAAGCAAAAAUAGCAUAUAUCCGAGGAAUGGAUCGGAUUUGUAUGAAAUCAGGAAUGCUACCGGAAAAACGACUCCAUGAAGCGCACAUCAAAUAUGGUAUUAUAGCAUUGAAUAUCUUUGAAAAGUACCCAAAAAUGGGAAGCAGCGAAGUUCGAUCAAGAAAUCUCUCAACACUACAACAAAAUUUAAAUAGUGAAUUGGAGAAAUAUAAACGAUUAAAUAAAGAAAAGCGUGUGACAACUUGUGUAUCGCGUAUGAUCGCAUGUGGUGACUCCGUAUUUUUUGGUAUGGGUCUUGGAUCAGCUGCAUCAGCAGCUAUCGGUGGAGCAGUAUUAACAUUACAGGCGGGAAUGGUAAGUGCUGGUGUGAUUGCUAUACCGGUUUCACUUACAGCAUUGUUAGCAAUCUGGACUUACGUCUAUUAUAAGCCUAAAAUUCGCUCAUGUCUUCAUCAUGACUGUCACAGUGUCUAA